GAUGUGCAGGUCCCUGUGUGUCCCCUCUGCAACACCCCGGUCCCCGUGAGGCGGGGGGAGAUGCCCGAUGUCGUGGUGGGUGAGCACAUUGACCGUGACUGCAAAUCCGACCCCGCACGGCGCAAACGCAAGAUCUUCACCAACAAGUGUUUCAAGCCUGGCUGCAAGCAGAAGGAGAUGAUGAAGGUGAUCUGUGACCAGUGCCACAACAACUACUGCCUCAAGCACCGGCACCCCCUGGACCACGACUGCAGCGGGACAGGGCUUCCCCUCUCCAAAGCAGGGCACGCUGCAAUUGCGAGAGCCCAGGCACCCUCCUCCAAAACAGUCAUUGCACUGAACAGCGGAGCUGCCCGGCCAGCAGAGAGCCGCUCUUCUCCAGCCCCUGCCAGAGGAGGCAGAGCGACUGUGUCGCAGACUCGCAGCACCUCCCCUCCGGCUGUCGUGAUGGGCUGGUGAGUGAGUGAGGAAGAGGCACUGCAGCGAGCUCUGGAGAUGUCCCUGGCAGAGUCAGCAUGCAGCUCAGCACAGCCACCCAGCAGCACGCAGGAGGAGGAGGAUCUGGCACUGGCCCAGGCGCUGUCAGCGAGUGAAGCCGAGUACCAGCAGUCGCAGCGGCAGACACACGGUUCAAAGCCAUCAAACUGCAGCAUGUCAUAG